AUGGCGCUAUCAGUAUCAGCUGCUGCUCCCGGCCAGGGCCAGCAGGAACCGCCGUCGGGGAAGCAGUUGAGCUACCAGCUCGCCGCUGCUGUGAGGAGCAUCAACUGGACUUACGCCAUUUUCUGGUCCAUGUCCACCGGCCUGCGCCCACCUGGAGUUCUGACAUGGAAGAACGGGUUCUAUAACGGCGAGGUAAAGACAAGGAAGAUCAUUAGCUCCACCACGACGGAGCUUACCGCCGACGACCUCGUCCUGCAGAGAAGCGAGCAACUGAGGGAGCUCUACCAGUCGCUCUUGUCCGGCAAGGCGGACCACCGUGCCAAGCGUCCCGCCGCCUCGCUGUCGCCGGAGGAUCUCGGGGAAGCCGAGUGGUACCACACGCUAAGCAUGACUUAUGCCUUCCGGCCUGGUCAAGGGUUGCCAGGCAAGAGCUUUGCGAGCAAUCAACAUGUUUGGUUAUACAACGCUCAAUACGCAGACACCAAAACUUUCCAGCGCGCUCUCUUAGCAAAGACCGCGCCUAUUCAGACAGUUGUUUGCAUUCCCUUCAUGGGUGGCGUGCUCGAGCUCGGGACAUUGGAUUUGGUAUUGGAGGAUCCGAAUAUGGUGAACCAGAUUGGCACAUCUUUCUGGGAGCUACCCUUUUUGGCAUGCUCGGAGUCUGAGCUGCCAAGCUCCAAUCCAUCAAUAGACGAAGCAGGGAACAGGGAGGUAGACAUCGUCGUGUUAGAAGACCUCGAUCACAAUGUCGCCAAGGGGAUAAUCUCUGAGCUUGGGGAGGUCGAGUGCAUGUCCGACGUCAACCUUGAUCAUGUCACUGAGGAGGUGGACGAGUUCUAUGGCCUCAUCGAGGAGUUGGAUGUGCGUUCUCUUGAGGACAACUGGGUCAUGGAAAGGUCAUUUGAGUACAUGUCUUCCUUGGAAAUGGCACCAGACAUGGACGCACGGAGCAUUGAUGAUGCCAUCAUCACUUUAAGUAGCUUUGUUAAAGGCUCUCGUCCAUCCUGCUUUACGGUGUGGAAGAGGUCAUCUGACUGUGAAGACAUGGUUGCGCGGGUCACCGGGGAGUCACAAAAGUUGUUGAAGAAAGCUAUAGCCGGCGGUGCAUGGACAACGAGACCUCAAGAAAGUAACAUCAAGACGCAUGUCCUGUCGGAAAGGAGGCGCCGAGAGAAGCUCAAUGAUAUGUUCCUAGUUCUCAAGUCAAUGGUCCCGUCCAUUAACAAGAUGGACAAAGCAUCCAUCCUAGCUGAAACUAUAACCUAUCUCAGAGAGCUAGAACAAAGGGUAGAAGAGCUAGAAACUAGCAGGGCACCGUCAUCGCGCCCAAAUGAAGCAAUGGGACGGGGGAUCCAUGAGGUUGUCAGCGGGAAGAAGAUCAAGCUAUCAACUGGAUCAAAGAGGAAGGUGCUAGAGACGGAGAUGGAGGACAAUGAUUGCCCAAGCAACAUUGUUAAUGUGACCGUGAUGGACAAGGAGGUGCUCUUGGAGGUGCAGUGCCGAUGGAAGGGGUUGUUGAUGACACGGGUGUUCGACGCUAUCAAGAGCCUCCGCCUGGACAUCGUCUCUGUGCACGCAUCCACACCGGAAGGUCUUCUUGAUCUCAAGAUACGAGCUACUCAGCAAGCCUCGAUCGCACCAACUUCUAAGCUUGCAGUAGGUUCUGCUACCAUUGCACCUGGGAUGAUCACUGAAGCGCUUCAGAAAGCUAUAUGCAUCCGCUGA